ACACGCACAGACACGCACCUUUCGAAGAGGAUCAAACCAGAAGCUGGCAUCAUCCCUGUGUGCCCUGAGUACAGUGAGUGACCCGCCCCUACUGGCCUGCCUUCCUUGGACUGGCAGCAGUCCGGUGGGUGCACACUCCCCACUUCACACUCCCCACUCACAACAGAAGGAGGAAGGAUCAACGGAGACACGUUUUGAAGGGCGAGCCACAGUCCUAGGCAUUGAAUUGGACCAUAAUAAUCACCAUCACCGACUAAGAGAACCCCGAUCAUGAACAUCUCGUGAGAGUGGGACUUGAAUAUUCAUUAUGGCCGAGAAGGAUAAGUCGAGUAGCCUUCGAUCGGUCAAAUCCCUGUCAGACCCGGCUCUCAAUGGGGUUGAGGCCACACCCAUUUUGCCCAAGGACAGGCCGUCCUCGUCGGAUCGGUUGAGCGCGUGUAAAGAGACUGAAGAUGUGGGAGAGGGUCCGGAUGAGAGCCCAUCUCAAGACGAUAGGGACCGGAGACGAGGCGGAUCCAAGGCUCGUACCCUGCCCCAUCGCUUGGUGGGACUACGGCCUUACCAUUUGAAGCCGCAUUUACCCAAGGGACAUGGCUUGAAACGGUCCAUCACGUUGCCCAAAAAUCCGUUCGUGGUGAACAAGUCCAAGAAGUCCAAAGUCCGACUCACCGCGCCCAUUGCCACUUCCGAGACUGAAGAGGACUCCAAUGAGGAGUCCAGCGGGCGAUCCAGGGACCAAAGCCCGCGAGCCCGGCCUAACUUUGCCCGUACUCAAUCUGUGAGAAAUUUCUUCAACCGUGUCGUGUCUCAGCUCCAGCAGAUCCCGCCCAAGGGUCGCUCUUCCAAGGCCGAGGCUGAGAUUGAGCGCAUUGCGGAGAUCAAACGGCGCUUCGAUCAAGAGGGUAAAGUGCCGGGAGUGGUGGGGAUCCGUAACCACGGGAACACGUGCUUCAUCAAUGCCAUUCUCCAAUGCUUGAGCUACACGGACAUUCUGGCCGAAUACUUCGUACUGGACCAAUACAAGUCAGAUCUGCGGCGGAAGCGCCGUAUUCCCAACGUGACCUCGUUCAACAAGCAGCCCAAUCGCGGGGAGAUCACCGAACAACUGGCCACCUUGCUCAAGUCGUUGUGGUCGUUACAGUACGACCCCGAGAUUUCAAUCCGGUUCAAGUCUCUCGUGGACAAGCAUGCCAGUCAGUACAAGGGAGGGAGCCAGCACGAUGCCCAAGAGUUCCUGUUGUGGCUCUUGGAUCAGGUUCAUGAAGAUCUCAACACGGCCACCAAGAGGAAGUACAAGACUUUCAAGAGCGUCAAUGGCGAGCGCACGGACGAGGUGUUGGCCGCCGAGUCUCUGGCCAACUACAUGCGAUGCAACAACAGCUUCGUCAUGGACGUGUUCCAGGCUCAGUUCCGCUCCUCUCUGACGUGUCCCACUUGUGAGAAACAAAGCAACACGUUCGAUCCGUUCUUGUGCGUGUCCCUCCCCAUUCCCCAGAAACAGUUGAUACCUGUGUUUGUGAUUGUACUCUACAUCGACCAGUCCCCGAGACAGGUCAAACUAGGCCUAACGGUGGGGGUGGAGGAGACGAUAGGCGACCUCCGCCAAAUGUUGGCCAAGGACACCGGGAUCGAGACGGGACAAAUCUUGCUCACCGAGAUCGACCAGCUCGGUUUCAAAAGAACGUUACGUGAUCAGGAGUCGGUGACCGUGCUUCAAGAUCCCAAGGCCGCCCCUUUGUAUUGUCUGGAAGUGCCUCAGUUCAAGCUGGCCACAGAAGAUGAUGGGGCGUAUGUGGUGCUGUCUUGGGUCAAUGUUCUCAAAGAGGGGCCCAUUGAAAAGCGGUUCGGCAGCCCCUACGCCAUUCAAGUCACCCGUGAAGUCCUGUAUUCAGAUUUGCAAAAACUCCUCAUGAAGGAGAUGUCGCCGAUUCUUCAUGACGAUAUCCUCAUCUCGGCCCAGAAGGUUCCCCUAUUCAAAAUCCGCGUGGUGGACGGCUUCGAAGAGAAGGCCUAUUUGGACAGUCAAGUGGAUUUGCCCAUGUACACUGAAGCUGUGGAACAAGCCCUGAAUUUGUGUGUGCUCGAGGAGGGCGGGAGUCCGGCUCAUGUCAAGUUGAUCCUGGAGUGGGACGCUCCGGCCAAGAGCCAAAUCAUCAACGACGACACCGAUGUGAUUGAAGAACACGCCAGUGUCAAAGAGGUGGAAAAGUCGCCCGAAGAGGCCUCGAGUGUAUCCUUACAAGAAUGCUUUAGUUUAUACACUUCGGCCGAGAAAUUGGGUCUCGGGGACGCGUGGUUGUGUCCAGCCUGCAAUCGGAAGCAGGAGGUGGUCAAGCGCAUGGGUCUAUGGUCUGUGCCCGAUGUGCUCGUGGUUCAUUUGAAACGCUUUCGACAGAGCUCCUCCAGCACCAAUAAGUUGACCACCAUGGUCGAGUUUCCCUUUGAAGGCUUCGACAUGAGUCCGAACGUGACGAAGAACCCAAGUCCGACCGGUGCCAACCAAGAGCGGCCUUCAUCCUCGCCUCCUCCUCCUCCAACAGCACCGCCUAAUUCCGAGACGGGUCCGAACACCAUGAAGAUGUUAACCGCACUUUCGCCAUGGCGACACCCUAAACGCUUUCCCAUUCAUCGCAACAACGACGACUACAUGUUCGAUUUGUAUGCCGUCUGCAACCACCACGGAUCGGACCUCCAAGGAGGCCACUACACGGCCUAUUGUCGCAAUCCCACCGACGGCCAGUGGUAUUGCUUCGAUGACAUGCACACCAAGCCUAUUCUAGAAAAGGAGGUGGUCACGCAGGAUGCCUACAUCCUCUUCUACCAACGACAAUCUCUAACCAAUAACUCCUCAUCCGCCUCGAGUAGUAGCUCCGGGUCCUCGACCCAAGAUCAUUGGGUGUUCCGCAUGCCCGAUUUCUCUUACAAGAAGAAAACCAACCCAACAGCUUCCAAUCAAGCUAAACCUACCGCCUCCAACCCUGCGGCGCCGCUCAGCAAUCGGUCGGCCCGCGCGAAAACCGCAGCCAUUCGCAACUCCGACUCGAAUUCCACGGCCCAAGUGGAGAAAGAGGCCUUCUCAACUUGUGACGAGGCACCUGCUUUCAAACGCACUGACGCCAAAUACGCCACUAUGCCCGCCAAGAGGACGUCAAAGAUUGUGCAUUGCGACCAAGAUCAUCACUCGGACGUGGAACAAUCUGGCAGUCGAGAUGAAGACUCGGAUGACGAGAUCACCAUAACCCGUGAUGUAGAUGAAGAAGACGAUGUGAGUCGACCCAUUGAUAAGAAUGAUGUGGACUGAACGAUACGCGAACAAGAGUGCAAUAUAUCACUGCCUAUUAAGGAUGAAAGCAAAAGCUAAGCUAGCUUAUUCAAGGAUUAAAAACCCGGGCCUACAUGACACGAUCUGAGACGGUGACACACCCAAUUGCUGCUGUCACUGCGCUUCAUUUUGCAUCCAAUCAUGAUCUACUUUCAGGAACUUGUCCAUUAUACUCGUCUCAAGAGGUGGAUAAGACAAAGAGUAUAUAUGUAUCCAUUGUGUUCAAGAACGUUCAAAAAGUGCCCGACAAAUUGUCGACUCUUCAUUCCA